AUGCCUAUUGCCGUUAUUUACAACGCUGGUCGUGCUCUCGACGAAACUUCUGACGCUAUCGACCACGUCAAUGUGCUCAAGGGGAAAUGGAACGAAGAGUCCAAAUUUGACCAGGAGAAGGACAAGACGCAAUUCCGGGACUAUGACGCUGCUUGUGACCGGGUGAAAAAUUUUUACAAGGAACAACAUGAGAAACAGACAGUUGAGUUCAACAUCAAGGCUCGGGUUGAAUUCAAUAGCAAAAAACGCGCUCGCAUGGGUGUAUGGGAAGCGAUGGAGAUGCUCAAUACCCUUGUGGAUGAAUCAGAUCCUGACACGAAUCUGUCGCAAAUCGAACAUUUACUUCAGACCGCGGAAGCUAUCCGUCGGGAUGGUAAACCAGAAUGGAUGCAGGUCACAGGUCUCGUUCAUGAUCUAGGCAAGCUCCUGUCCAUGUUCGGAUCCCAAGGCCAAUGGGACGUUGUGGGGGAUACAUUUGUUGUCGGUUGCAAGUUCUCCGAGAAAAUCAUUUACCCCCACACUUUUGAGGGUAACCCGGACUCUCAGGACGUCGUGUACAGCACCAAGUAUGGGAUUUACGAGCCACAUUGUGGGCUAGACAAUGUUAUGCUAUCUUGGGGCCAUGAUGAGUACUUGUAUCAUGUCCUCAAAGAUCAAAGCACACUUCCCGAAGAAGCUCUCGCUAUGAUUCGUUACCACAGCUUCUACCCUUGGCACCGUGAGGGUGCCUAUACUCAUUUAAUGAACGAGAAGGAUCAAAAGUCGCUCGAAGCCGUGCAGGCAUUCAACCCUUAUGACCUUUACAGCAAGAGCGAUGGAAGCUGCGAUCCUGCCAAGCUACGUCCGUACUACGAAGGUCUCAUCGCAAAAUUCUUCCCUACAGUCCUUGAUUGGUAG